AUGUCAUUGCGCUUUAUCAAGGAGCUUGAAGCUGGUAAUUUUAAUGAGGUUGAAAAGAUUCUUGUUGACACCCCACAUGUUCUUUCGGCAUCCAAAAGCCUGAUGGCAUAUGGCAGAGCCAGGAAGAUGCUUUCAGACCCUGAAACAUAUCCUGGGGUGACCGAGUAUCUAACCACUCUCGGGCUGAAUCCAGCAUUUGCAGGAGAGUUCGUUGAGAAUGAUCAGUUCAUUUCCUUUUGCAGCUCUGCAUUAAAUCUAAGCGAGGCCAAUGCUGUCUAUAGCGUGCCUCCCAUCUUUAAGGUCAUGGAAGCAAUGGUAUCUUGUUCACCACAGCUUAAAAAGGUAGUCUCCCAACUUCUUCCUGCGCUAGGGUCAUUUGUGGCACAGGCGUCUAAGGACUACAUUAAAGCAGGAUACGCUUUUCUCAUCGCCCAGAUAUUAAAGCAUGGUGUCCAGUUCUCUACGGAAGUGCUACGAGAGUUGGCAGACAUGAUUCGGCAAGAGCUACGAGCAUGUGCAGACUAUUCUACUCAAAUUCUUUUGGUUGAGAUUCUUCUUCGAAUAAGGAAUCGCAUACCUGACGUUAGUGCUAUCGCCUUCUCGCCGGCUAUACAGAUGCACUUCAAUUCCUUGACAAAAAUGAACUUUCUACGCACCAUAAACACUCUCAUCUGUGCUAUGAAUGAUGAGUUUGGGACUAUAGGCUCUGGGGAUGUCUUUAAGGUGCGCUAUCUUCUCUAUUCUGGUGGCACAAUAAGCUAUGAUAAUACGAACCUGUCAAUUUCGUUAGGCGAAGGCAUAAUAUUUUGUGGGCGUAUGUCUCUCUGUACUAUGCUUCCGAACAUAGGGCUAAUACGUCUUCCUUAUGAUAUUCUCAGUAAGAUGCAACUCAGCUACCGCAAGUGUCUACUUAUAAUUGGAAUUAGCAUGUCCUCUCUCUCCAUCAAUUCCCCCUUUCAUGUUAAGCUUCGUGAAGCCCAGCAAAGUAAUCUGGACCAAAAUGUGACACUGCGGUUUUCGAUUCCUAAUCAGGACGAUGUUUAUGCAUUCAGAGACGAGGUUGGAUGCCUCAUUUCUAGCACACGUCUUCUCGCUGCAAGCGCUGCAUCUGCCAGCUCUUGUACUGCAACUGAGCAAUCCGUAGACGAGGUUGCUGGCGGACUUAGCUUUUGCUCUGUGGAAGCCAUGAGCCAGAUGUCUCAGUUAGCACUUUUAGAUGAAGAUAAUGUGCAGCGCGGUGCGCGACAGACUGACAGAAGAUCCUCGAUCUUUUUGCUGUUUGUCGAUCGAAGCCCCAAAAACCCAAAAGUUACUUGUCUGACGCCAAGAACUCCACGCAUGGAACUUCCUGAACGAUUUCAUCAUUCUAAAACCCCACAGAUUCAUGCAAACUCCCUCGACAGUGAAGAUCUGACGCAGAAGAAAACGAUCACGAACCUUAAUGACAUAAGCAUAAGUAGCAUAGAUCCGGAUGUCAAAACUCUCAAGAAUGACCAUGUCUACCCGCUUGAGAAAGACAACCAUUCGUUUACUAUCAAUACAGGGACUACACACAGUAAGCUCCAUGUACAUGACAUUCUUCCUCCUGAGCUGGCAACGGCUCUUCCUCCAAGUUUGUGCACACAGGACAGAACAGCGACCCCUCGAAAGGACCUAACCGCAAUCAAGGCUCGCCAUGCGACAGAGCUGGUGGAGUUUAAGAAGAAGCAUGCAUUGAAGUUCACUGUUCUCAGGCAGCAACUUCUUCAAGAUAAGGACGCGAUCUUGACCAUAGCCAACGAAUUCACUGCCGAGAUGCAAUUGGGAAUAGAGAUCUUUACGGAUACAGAGCAGGACAUCAAGGCUGCCAUGUCCAUGUAUCACGACGAGUCUUCAGCACUUCUCGAGAGACACAAGCGAGAGCUUCUCCUGGCAUCUGCAAUCGGACCUUGUAGCAACGGUCACCAAAGUAGCCGUGAAGCCAAGCGUGCCCAACUCCAGUUUCUCCGCCAACAGCGACUCUCUAAAGUUCCUCAUGAUUAG